UUGAGAGAGGAAGAAUGAGCUGAGAGGUUUCUUUGGACAGCCUGAGCUCUGCCUGGGUUGUAGGGAAGAAAGGGCAGGGAGCACUGGUUAGGGAACCCCGAGGGGCCUGGCUUUCCCGUCCUGGACCCUGGCACAUGGUGGGCAUUUAAUAAGUGUGGGAUUUAAUUACCCGGGACAAACAGCAUUAGGGAAUAUGGGAGACAAGUGUGAGUGGCAAUGAUGAUUUAGUUCACCGCGUAGAAUAAAGCUGCCUUCAGCUGAAGUGUUACUAACAGUUUCCACAUGAGCUGGAACGUAGCCAUCUUAACUCCCCCAGAGUAUGCAGAAGUGACCAGGUGCAGUGUUCAGGGUGGAUGGCCCACUGCUUCAUGUAGCAGGCACCUCACAUCCUCAUGCUGUACCUCUGUUCUAUUUUAUACUGAAUUUAUUUGGAAAAAAACUUAAAAAUUCCACCUGGAGUGAAACACUUAAAAUCAGUUUUUUGCAAGCAUUCUUCUUUAGUUGGGAGCGUCUCUCGUGUGCCCAUGUGCUGUCUUGCAAACCACUGCAUCGAGCAGUUCAGAAAACUGUCCACGAGCCUGCAGUUCCGUGCUGCGUAUUUCUAGGUGUAGCAGAGAACUCCGGGGGGAAUAAGGGCUGUGUCUCGAGCGGGUAUUAGAUCAUCACGGCAGCUUCCCAGUAACUAUUCCCGUCCACUUGCUGCCCGGCUGGCUGGUUGUGUAUGGAAGUCAGUAAGUGUGAGCUGCUGCCAGAGUCCCAGGAACUCAAGUGUGAUGACCGUGUUUUUAAAUAGAACUGCGAUUAAGAAGGAGGAGAAGAUGGAGAAAAAGGAGGAAAAAAAGCCUGAAGACAUUAAGAAGGAAGAAAAAGACGAGGAUGAGCCGAAACCAGGACCUACAAAUCGGUCCCGAGUCACCAAAUCAGGAAGCAGAGGAAUGGAACGGACGGUCGUGAUGGAUAAAUCGAAAGGAGAGCCUGUCAUUAGCGUGAAAACCACAAGCAGGUCAAAAGAGAGAAGCUCCAAGAGUCAGGAUCGCAAAUCGGAAAGCAAAGAGAAGAGAGACAUCUUGUCGUUUGAUAAAAUCAAAGAGCAAAGGGAGCGCGAGCGCCAGAGGCAGCGGGAACGGGAGAUCCGAGAGACGGAGAGGCGGCGAGAGCGCGAGCAGCGCGAGCGGGAGCAGCGCCUGGAGGCCUUCCACGAGCGCAAGGAGAAGGCGCGCCUGCAGCGGGAGCGCCUGCAGCUCGAGUGCCAGCGGCAGCGGCUGGAGCGCGAGCGCAUGGAGCGCGAGCGGCUGGAGCGCGAGCGCAUGCGCGUGGAGCGCGAGCGGCGGCGGGAGCAGGAGCGCAUCCACCGCGAGCGCGAGGAGCUGCGGCGCCAGCAGGAGCAGCUGCGCUACGAGCAGGAGCGGCGGCCGGUGCUGCGGAGGCCCUACGACGAUGGGCGGCGAGAUGAUGCUUAUUGGCCAGAAGGCAAGCGUGUGGCCAUGGAGGACAGGUACCGCCCAGACUUCCCUCGGCCUGAUCACCGCUUCCAUGACUUUGACCAUCGAGACCGGGGCCAAUACCAGGACCAUGUGGCUGACAGGAUCCGGUUUCACUCCCACCCUCAGGGAGAAGGCUUUAGAUGCAAGCCAGCUUUUUUGCACAGGAGGGAAGGUUCAAGGUCAGUGAUGGGAGAGCGAGAUGGGCAACACUACUCAGACGACCGCCAUGGCCAUGGAGGACCACCGGAGCGCCACAGCCGGGACUCCCGGGACGGCUGGGGGGGCUACAGCUCUGACAAGAGGAUGAGUGAGGGUCGGGGGCCACCGCCUCCACCCAGGGCUGGACGUGACUGGGCGGAGCACAGUCAGAGGCUAGAAGAGCAUCCGGAGCGUGCGUGGCCAGGCUCAGUGGACACAGGCACGGCGGGCCGGGAGCAUGCGCGGUGGCAAGGUGGUGAGAGGGGCCUAUCUGGGCCCUCGGGGCCAGGACACAUGGCAAAUCGGGGCGGGAUGUCGGGGCGAGGCGGCUUUGCACAAGGCGGGCAUUCCCAGGGUCACAUGGUGCCCGGUGGCGGACUGGAAGGUGGAGGACUGGCCAGCCAGGACCGGGGCAGCAGAGUCCCGCACCCCCACCCCCACCCGUACCCCCACUUCACCCGUCGCUACUAAACCCCACUCACCCCGAGUGUCCAGGUAGGCAGAUGCACUGUUGAAUAAGCUCAGCCGGAGUUACCUUGAACUUGUGGAACCUUUUAAGAAACAAAAGCAAAUCCUGCCACCAUGUUGUAGCUCAAAACAAUGUGAAUUCACUUUUUUUUUUUUAAAUAAACGUGUUCUUCUCUGCCAUUUUUAAGACAACAUUUCUGUUAACGAGGCAUUCCAUUUUCCAUUAAUAAAAGUUUAUGGUUCUCA